UCAGGGGUGGCACUUCAUAAUUUUCUGCUCAGGACUGCUUUGGGAUUUUACAAACUGUCCUCCAAGGAACUAGUGGCACUCUUUUCAUCUGCCUUAGCCUUUUUGCCUGCUUGGCAGACCUCUAUUCAGCACUUAGGUGAAAAGUUCAGAGGGCCCCUGUGUAGCCCUGCCUGCAGAUCCAGGAUAAUCUUCACCUUGACCUAUCCUGCUUGACAUCCACCUGCAACCAUGACAACCAAAUCCACCAGCAGUGUUUUGGGUGGCAAAGCCUCGUCCUCUCCUCUCUUGUCCUCUCCACCUCACCAGCGCCUGGUCACUAAAGAUGGACACUGUGCCCUAAGUUCCCCUAUGUGUCCCUCUGGCUCAUGGUGCAGGACAUCAGGCAAAGCCUGGCUGCUGGCUCUGCAGGACUUGUGGGGACUGUUGGUGGGUCUACGGUGGAGAUGGGUCCUGCUGGCCUUCUGCACCUCCUUUCUCACCCACUGGCUGCUGUUUGCCUGUCUGUGGUACCUACUGGCCCACCUCAACGGAGACCUGGCUGUAAAGGAUCACGAUGCCCCCCCCCAGGGGCAUGUAGUUUGUGUAAAACACAUUACUAGCUUCACUGCUGCCUUUUCCUUCUCCCUGGAGACACAACUGACCAUUGGCUAUGGCACCAUGUUCCCCAGUGGGGAUUGUCCCAGUGCCAUUGCAUUGCUGGCUGUUCAGAUGCUGUUGGGGCUCAUGUUGGAAGCAUUCAUCACAGGUGCAUUUGUAGCCAAGAUUGCACGCCCCCAGAAGCGAGCAGGAGCCAUCCAAUUCAGCCCCCAGGCAGUGGUGGGCCAACACCAGGGCCAAAUGUGCCUCAUGCUACGAGCCACCAACCUACUGCAGCAACCUCUGGUGGAUGUAAAGGUGAGUGCUGUGCUCUACGAGGAGCAUGAAGGUCAGGCCCUCCACCAGACUUCUCUGGACUUCCUCUUGGAUCAUCUGGGGCAGCAGCCCUGUCCCUUCUUUAUCUUCCCACUAACCUUUUACCACCCCCUGGAUCGCCAGAGCCCCCUUUACCCCACACUGUGUGAGGGCACAUCAAACAACUUUGAGUUGGUGGUCUUUCUGUCAGCUUUGCAAGAGGGAACUGGCGACUCCUGUCAGAAGAGGACCUCCUACUUGCGCCAAGAAAUCCAGUUUGACCGUUGCUUUGUCCCAGCGUUGGGGAUGGAUGCUCGGGGGAGGUACAUGGUGAGCACCCAACACUUUGAUACGGCCCACUCAAAGGAGCCUUUUAACAAGGAUUGUGUUGUGCAGAUCAAUGGAGAUGGCAGCGACAGGACGGAGUAAAGAUGCUGAUGGACAGUGCUCAUAGGGACAGAUCAAAACAUUCGUGGAGAAGUGUCUCAAACUACUUGAUUUAAAUUGAUAGAUCUGAAUUUAUGUUUAAACAUUAUAAAUUAAAAUGUGUAACAGACAUUGGUGCUACAGUGGACUCCCUCACCUGGAGGCCCUAAUUCAACACCAAGUGUAAUAAUGACCCCAUUAUAUUAUUUUUGUCAUUUGGUUCUGUCUGUUAGAAUAACAACAUUCUUACCAUGUGAAAUGCUAAUAACUCAAGACAUGGUUACACCACUUAAAAGUCAUCUAGAGGGGCAAGUAACAGGAAUGGUCAGACCAUCAGACAGGUUGAGGAAAAACUUAUUCUAACAGUUUACAGACCCACAUCCUGUUUCAACUUUGACCUGCUGCUACUGUAGCUGCUUGUUAGAAUAUGACUGCAUUUUGAGCUAUUCUUCAUAUAGUCUUAUUAUAAUUGAUGAAACCAAUGGCCAGAACACAAAAACAAAAUCCAAGGUAUAAUAAAACACUUCUGUUUAAAUGUUAUCAAAAUGAUAUUGUCUUUUAUUAUUCCUAUUUUUGCAUAAGGCAAAAUUGUGAGGUCAAGCUAUAUUUGAAAAUAUUUGAUUUGGUUGGGAUGGCACAAUCAAUUUCAAAUUCAGCAGCUGUAAUCAACAUUUAAUCAUAAAUAAUCAAUCAAAUUGUUAUAUCUAGCAUGGAAUUAGAAAUUCAUAGAAAUGGACACACAGAGGGUCACAAAUUAUUAUUAUUGUGGGUUUUUUUUAACCACUUAUUGUUGUAUCUAAUUUGGUUCUUGAUUCAGGCUUCAUGAUCUCCAUCAACCUUCAUCACAGCUACUGAUUUUUUAAACAAGCCCUAAAAACCCAGUAUCCACUACUUAGUAGCACAAAGCAAACACAUCUGGUUAGACUGUUUUUGGUAAACCUAGUGAAGCAUUUGAGAGACAAGUAUUUCCCUCAGAAGGUGGUGGAGACCAAAACAAAGAUAAAAGAUAGGGCGGUAUAAAUCAGGUAAACACAAUUUGUUUAUAAGAUGAUAGUAUGUGACAGGGGAAUCUACCAGCUUCUUCUCUUGUCAAAAAUGUUGCUUUAAGAAAAAUAUUAAUUUAAUUUGAAUGCCUGUGUGCAUUUGAACAUUUCUGACCUUGUUGACAAUCAUCUAUAUUGUGAUCAAAUAAAUAUGUGGGGGGUAUUAGAAUAACACUGAGAUUUCCUGAUUAGAGAUGUUCUGAUACCAAUACCAGCAUCCGAAUGCCUGUACCAACCCUAUACCAGUAGUUGUGCUCUACUGCCACUGGCAAGUAAUGUUUUUAGAGUGGUAUAGAAGAAGUGGUUUCCAGUAGUGUAGUGUUUGCCAGAGCUAACUAAAAUGUCAGGAAUUUGACAAUAUUUCAUGCUGGAAAGUCCCACAAGUAAAACAGCAACCUAUUUGAAGGAAGUAAUUAUUGUGUAUUCCUUGAUUUAUUUAUGUGUGUUCUUUUUCAGUUAUGACUGUCAAACGAGAUAAUAAAAAAAGUUCUAUGGCA